CCGCCGCCGCCCGGGUUGAUCAUCGCCUCGGCCGUCUUCCUGUCGAUCUUCCUCGCCACCUUCGUCGUCCUCAUGUCGCUCGCCUUCUGCUGCUGCGGGAGGUGGAGGGAGCGCGACGCGGUCUCGGCCUACGGUGGCGAGGGCGCGCUCUCGCCUGGGGACGGCGGCGGCGGCGGAUCACCGUUCCCCGUGGAGGCUCUUCCCCCGGCGUACGCCUACGUCGGCGGCUCCGACGUCAUCGAUGGGCUACAGCACGGUGGCGCGGCGGCGGCGGCGACGGUGGAGUGCGCGGUGUGCCUGGGCGCGGUGCGGGACAGGGAGAUGGUGCGGCGGCUGCCGGCGUGCGGGCACGUGUACCACGCCGAGUGCGUCGGCCGGUGGCUGGCCGCGCACCGGACGUGCCCUCUGUGCCGGUGUGAGGUCGAUCCGGGCAAGGUGGCGUCCGGGCCACCGCCGCCGGCGACGGCUGCCGAGGAAGACCCAGUUGACCAGCUGCCGGUUUAA